GCCAGAUUGGCAUCAUGUGGUUGGUCGCGUUCCUUUUUUUUUCUUUUUUUUGGCACUUGAUUGCCCACGCAAGACGGACGCAGUUACACUUCACAGAGUGAUGAUGAUAAAAGAGGAAUUACGUUUUUUUUUCUUUUUCUUUUUUUUUUAAAAAAAAAAAAAUUGUGGUGCCCGGGGAAGCUCGUUGCGCCGACCCCGACCCAAUGUGUUGGGGACCGGACAAAUAGAUUCAGAUAACUGAGUGUUCUUAAAGCGAGCUUUCUGGAAGCCAGGCCUCCCCAAACUUUCCCCUUGCCUCUCUUUUCUCCCGUGCGCUCGCGUCCAACUCACGAUCGACCAGACCCAGUCCCUCUUUUACCGUUUACUCUCGUUAUUCCCAUCCCACUGCGCGGGAGGACUUGUAAAAGAAAAGAAAAAAAACAUGGUUGCUGUAUCCUGGACUGCCGGCCUCGUGGCCCUCCUCGCCACCUUCUCCUCGGCGACAGCGAAGCCCUGUCGUUCCGGUCCGGGUGUCUGCGAAAAGCCGUAUGUGCGCAAGGAAUGGCGCAAUUUGAGCAACCCGCAAAAGGAAAAGUACAUCAAGGCGGUGCAGUGCCUGAUGGAGAAGCCUUCCACUGCUGGCAUGGCUGCCGUGCGCAACCGGUAUGAGGAUUUUGUGGCUACGCAUAUUGUCCAGACUGAGGCCGUCCACUUUACUGGCAUCUUUUAUCCUUUCCACCGUCUCCUGCUCUUGGAGUACGAAAAGGCGCUUUGGGAAUGCGGUUGGGACCGCAGACUGGGUCAGCCGUUUUGGGACUGGACCCUCGACACCGAGAGCGAUGCCAAGUUCCUGUCGUCGCCCGUUUUCGACAAGAAGCUAGGGUUUGGCGGCAAUGGAGCCUUUAUCCCUGGCAACCUGAGCCACCCUGAGCUCCCUGGUCACGUUGGCGGUCCCCCCUUCGACCUCCCCGACCGCAGCGGCGGCGGCUGCCUCGAGGACGGGCCCUUUGCCGGCCUCAAGACGCAGCUCGGCCCGCUCAACGACACCGAGGUCAAGGCGGAGCGGUGCAUCCGGCGCGACUUUUCGCCGCGGUCGCUGGCCAGGUUCGGCAGCAGGGCGCAGGUGGACGCGGCCAUGCAGAUCGGCGACUACGGCACGUUUGAGCGGGUCACCGACUCGCAGACCUUCCACCCGGCGGGCCACUGGGCGACCGGCGGGCUGUACGGCACCAUGACGGACACGUACGCCUCCCCGGGGGACCCCGUCUUCUACCUGCACCACAGCAACGUCGACAGGGCCUGGUGGUCGUGGCAGCAGCGCGACCUCGGCAGGAGGCAGCGCGAGAUGGAUGGCCCGCUGUUCAUGUUUGACUAUGCAAACGCCCUCGGGGGGAACGCCACCCUCGACACUCCCGUCUGGGUUGGUCUGGCUGGCCAGCGUGUCGAGUUCAAGGCUGGCGAGCUGCUGCACCUGCAAAAGGGCCCUCUGUGCUACACGUAUGAGUCUAUCUACUAGUUUUAGGACGUAGCCUUUUUCUUUGUCCUUGUAGAUAGGGGGUGAUUCUUUUGAGAAUGCUCUUGGUGGCGGCUGUUUAUCGCUCUAAAAGUGUUCCUCAACCGCCACGAGGCCGAUCAAAAGACCAUGAUUAUGGAUGUACUGUUAUGUGCUGCUCUCAUUUUGGCUGGUCAACAAUAGUAUAACUCGAAUUGAAUGAUUUGUGUGACUUGAGUAUACAUGUCUUGGUCUAGACGGUGG